GCCCCCUAGCGGCCUCGAUUCCUCCGCUGCCGCCGCCGCCGCCGCCGCCGCCGCCGCGGAUCCCACAAUGCUCGCGUAGCCCGGCUGGGCUCCCGAGGCGGCGGCGGCGGCGGCGGUUCCAAGAUGGCGCAGGCGAUCUUCGAGGCCCUGGAGGGAAUGGACAACCAGACAGUUCUGGCGGUUCAGUCACUGUUGGAUGGCCAAGGAGCAGUCCCUGAUCCAACAGGCCAGGGUGUCAGUGCACCCCCUGCCAUCCAGCCACUGGACGACGAGGAUGUCUUCCUCUGUGGGAAGUGUAAGAAGCAGUUCAACUCGCUGUCCGCUUUCAUGACUCACAAGCGGGAACAGUGCCAGGGCAAUGCUUCCGCCCUGGCCACGGUCUCCCUGGCCCCCAGCAGCAUCUACGCACCUUCAGCAGCACCUGCUGCAGUCCAGCCGGCCCCACCUCCUGCCAACCGCCAGAUCUCCACAUAUAUUACAGUACCCCCCUCCCCACUGAUCCAGACCCUGGUGCAGGGGAACAUCCUGGUGAGUGAUGACGUGCUCAUGUCUGCCAUGUCGGCCUUCACGUCCCUGGACCAGCCCAUGCCCCAGGGGCCCCCGCCUGUGCAGAGCAGUCUGAACAUGCAUUCGGUACCCAGCUACCUCACCCAGCCUCCACCGCCUCCUCCACCCCCACCUCCCCUUCCUCCACCCCCACCUUCACAACCUCCUCCCCCGCCCCCUCAGAGCCUGGGCCCCACUGGGCGCCCCAACCCUGGUGGGAAUGGUGUGGUGGAGGUGUACAGUGCCAACGUGCCACUGCCUGGGAGUGGAACAGUGGAGAUCCAGGCACUAGGGAUGCAGUCCUACCAGCCCCUGGAGAUGCCCAGCCAGUGCGUGGACGCUCCAGUGUACCCCACACCACCCGUGUACAGCCCUGGCAAGCAGGGAUUCAAACCAAAAGGACCAAACCCUGCUUCCCCCCUCACUAGUGCCACUGCGGGCACAGUGGCCACUUUUGAGCCCCCGCCGACACUGAAGACCCGACGGGCAAAAGGUGCCGGUGGACUCCCAGAAGCUGCAGGGAAGCCAAAGGCUCAGAAGCUGAAGUGCUCCUACUGUGACAAGACCUUCACGAAGAACUUUGACCUGCAGCAGCACAUCCGGAGCCACACUGGUGAGAAGCCUUUCCAGUGCAUCGCAUGUGGCCGCGCCUUUGCGCAGAAGUCCAACGUCAAGAAGCACAUGCAGACCCACAAGGUGUGGCCUCCGGGGCGCAGCGGUAGUACUGUUUCUCGCAACUCUGUGACCGUCCAAGUGAUGGCCUUGAACCCCAGCAGGCAAGAGGAUGAGGAAAACACAGGGCUGGGCCAGACCCUGGCAGGCGCACCACAACCCCAGACUUUGCCCACAGCGGGUGAGGACGAGGGGGACAAGAUGGAGGCCAAGCAGGUGGUGCUCAUCGAUAGCUCCUACCUAUGCCAAUUCUGCCCCAGCAAGUUCAGCACCUACUUACAGCUCAAGUCCCAUAUGACCCAGCACAAGAAUGAGCAGGUGUACAAGUGCGUGGUCAAGAGCUGUGCACAGACCUUCCCCAAGCUUGACACGUUUCUGGAGCACAUCAAGAGCCACCAGGAGGAGCUGAGCUACCGCUGUCACCUCUGCGGCAAGGACUUCCCCUCGCUGUAUGACCUGGGCGUGCACCAGUACUCCCACAGCCUGCUGCCCCAGCACAGCCCCAAGAAGGACAGUGCUGUCUACAAGUGUGUCAAAUGUGUCAACAAAUAUUCUACGCAAGAGGCCCUGGAGCACCACCUGCAGACAGCCACUCACAACUUCCCCUGCCCGCACUGCCAGAAGGUGUUUCCUUGUGAACGUUACCUGCGGCGUCACCUGCCUACCCAUGGCAGCGGGAGCAGGUUCAAGUGCCAGGUGUGCAAGAAGUUCUUCCGGCGCGAGUACUACCUCAAACUGCACGCCCAUAUCCACUCAGGUGAGAAGCCCUACAAAUGCUCAGUGUGUGAGUCUGCAUUCAACCGCAAGGACAAACUGAAGAGACACAUGCUGAUCCAUGAGCCCUUCAAGAAGUACAAAUGCCCCUUUUCGACACACACAGGCUGCAGUAAGGAGUUUAACCGGCCAGACAAGCUGAAGGCUCACAUCCUGUCCCACUCUGGCAUGAAGCUCCACAAGUGUGCACUGUGCAGCAAGUCCUUCAGCCGCCGCGCCCACCUGGCUGAGCACCAGCGUGCCCACACGGGCAACUACAAGUUCCGCUGCGCAGGCUGUGCCAAGGGCUUUUCCCGCCACAAAUACCUCAAGGAUCACCGCUGCCGCCUUGGCCCCCAGAAGGACAAAGACCUGCAGACCCGGCGGCCCCCCCGGAGGCGGGCAGCUCCCCGCAAUGGUGGCAGCAGUGGUGGGCACAAGGCCGUGACCUCCUUGCCCGACCAACUAGGGCUGGAGGAGUUGAAGGAUGCAGGGGCUGGGCCCGUGCCGGAGGUCACCUCAGGCAAGCCACCCUUCUCGGAGCCCGAUGCUGUGCUGUCCAUUGUUGUAGGUGGCACAGUGAGUGGUGACCCCGAGCUGGUGAUGCCUGGGCAUGCUGAGGCCCUGGGCUCCAAUCUGGCACUGGCUGAGCUGCAGGCUGGGGCCGAGGGCCCAUGUGCCAUGCUUGCAGUGCCAGUUUACAUCCAGGCCUCUGAGUGAGGCAGACUCGGCUUAUAGAGUUUGCUUCCCGAGCACCCGAUGCUCAUGCUUGGAUCUGGCUCCUAGGGCCAGCCAGGAGUCCUGACCAAUGGCAGAAUUUUUCUGGAAUACUAUUCCUAAGCCCUGAACCAUGGCCGCCCUUCUGUGUCCCUGUUCUGCUGGGAGAUUCCACAGCAUCCUGGGAUUGGGACAGGGCCGCUGGCAGCCCCUGGACAGCAACGGCAAGAGAGAUGGCUGGAGCCUGAAUAGCCCAAGAGAGAAGACAGGAUGGUCUCAGCCACCUUUCCUCCAGGCAGCCCAGAUGGCCUCCAGGCAAGCUGCUCUUCAGGAGGCUGGAUGUGUUCGGAGUCCUCAUCUGUUUGGGUCCCCCACAGCCUCCACAGACAACUCUUCAAGGUUGGCAUUUAGGAGGCACUCAAGAGACGUGGUUAGAGCACAUCUAGGAGCCAGAUCUGGUUCAAAUCUGAGUUACCAUGCACUUGCUGUAUCACCCUGGGCAAAUCACACCUCUCUGAGCCCUGUGUUCCUCUCGUCUGUACAGUGGGGCUUACAGCUGCACUAUUUCCAAGGUUUGUCUUGGGGAUGUAGUAUGAUGAAAUGUGCAAAGGACUUGGCAAGUGUUCAAUAAAUGUUUUUAUCACUGUGUGUCCCAA